AUGGCGGCGCGGGCUGUGCGCUCGGGUUUGGCGGCGGGGCGGCCGCUCCGGCUGGGCGCUGCUUUGGCGGUGCUGACGGCGGUGUCGCUAUCGCUAUCGGUGUCGGCGGAGCCGCCGCCCGGGGCCGCGCUGCUGGAGGCCGCGGGGCCGAGCUGGGGGUGGCGGAACCUGACGUGCCCCGGCUGCCGGCUGCUGUUCGGGGCGCUCGAUCUCGCGCUGCAGCUGGAGCCCAACGUGGUGCGUGUGGGGCGCGUGGCCGCAGGGCUGUGCCGGGAGCUGCGCCUGGCGCGGGCCGAGAUCUGCCAGCAGGCGGUGCAGCUUUUCCAGCGCGACGUGGUGGCCGCCUGGGCUCGCUCCGUGCUGCGGCCGACCGAGGCGUGCGGGCUGCUGCUGGGCCCGCGCUGCGGCCGCUGGGACAUCCUGGGCUCCUGGAACGUCUCCCUGCCCGCCGCCCCCAAACCCCCGGUGCGGCCCCCGCGGCCCCCACCGCCCGGCGCGCCCACCGCCCGCGUUCUCUUCCUCACCGACAUGCAUUGGGACCGGCGCUACGAGGCGGGCAGUGAGCCGUCCUGCCCCGACCCGCUGUGCUGCCGCGGCUCCGCGCUGCCCGGUUCGGGCGGUGCCGGUUUUUGGGGCGAAUACGGGAAAUGCGACCUUCCGCUGCGCACCAUCGCCUCUCUGCUGGCCGGGCUGCGCCAGGCGGGGCCGUUCGCUGCCGCAUAUUGGACGGGUGACAUCCCGGCUCACGACGUGUGGCAGCAGCGCCGCGAGGAUCAGCUGCUGGCGUUGCGCACCGUCAGCGCGCUGCUGCGCCGCCAGCUGGGAGCGCUGCGCGUCUUCCCGGCUGUGGGCAACCACGAGGCCACCCCCGUCAACGCCUUCCCUCCGCCCUACGUGAGCGGCAACCAGUCGGCUGCGUGGCUCUACGAUGCCAUGGCCGAGGCCUGGCAGGACUGGCUGCCCCCCGCGGCGCUGAAGACCCUCCGAGCUGCUGGGUUCUACACGGCACAGGUGUGGCCGGGGCUGCGCCUCGUUUCCCUCAAUAUGAACUUCUGCUCCCAGGCCAACUUCUGGCUGCUCAUCAACUCCACCGACCCUGCGGGGCAGCUGCAGUGGCUCGUGGGGGUGCUGGAGGCUGCCGAGCGUGACGGAGAGAAGGUGCACAUCAUUGGCCACAUCCCCCCGGCGCACUGCCUGCGGAGCUGGAGCUGGAACUACUACCGCAUCGUCAACAGGUUUGAGGGCACCAUUGCUGCCCAGUUCUUUGGGCACACGCACGUGGAUGAGUUUGAGAUGUUCUACGAUGAGGAGACGCUGAGCCGCCCCGUGUCUGUGGCUUUCGUGGCUCCCAGUGUCACCACCUACAUCAACCUCAACCCCGGGUACCGCGUGUACGAGGUGGACGGUUCCUACACCGGCAGCUCACACGCCGUGCUGGACCACGAGACCUUCAUCCUCAACCUGACCGAGGCCAACGCGCCGGGCGCUGAGCCACGCUGGCAGCGCCUGUAUGGCGCCCGCGAGGCAUACGGCAUGGCCAGCGCCUUCCCCGGCGACUGGGAUCUGCUCAUCCGCCGCUUCCAGGACGACGAGCGCCUCUUCCAGCGCUUCUGGUACCACUUCCACAAGGGCCACCCUCCCCGCGAGCCGUGCCUGGAGGCCUGCAAGGCGGCCCUGCUCUGCGCCUUGCGCACCGGCCGCUCCGCCGACCCCAACCUGUGCCGCCCACUGCGCCCGACGCGGCCCUUCCGACAGAUCCAGGAGUUCUGGAGGCAGCGGCGGCUCUGCUGAGAGCUCUGUGGGACCCGUGGAGACGGGGGUGGGCGCCUCGUGAACCUCGGUGUAGGAGGGGCCCCCUGGGCUGAGUAAUAAAGGCUGCCGGUGGA